AUGAGACGAAUUUUUCUCACCCUUCUCCUAUGUCUCGUUCCUCUCUUAGCUUCAUGCACUAAAGAGAAACAUGUGUAUAUUGUUUAUUUUGGAGAGCAUAAAGGUGAUAAAGCCUUCCAUGAAAUUGAAGCUCAUCAUCACUCUUAUCUUCAAUCGGUUAAAGAGUCCGAAGAAGAUGCCAAGUCAUCGCUAUUGUAUAGCUACAAACAUAGCAUCAAUGGCUUUGCGGCUGAGCUAACACCGGACCAAGCCUCUAGACUCAAAGGACUCAGAGGAGUCGUGUCAGUAUUCAAGAGCAAUCCAAGAAAGUAUAAGAUCCAUACGACAAGAUCAUGGGAGUUUGUAGGGUUAAAGGAUGAAGAUGAACUUUAUCUUGAUGCAUACAAAUACAAUGUGAACGACCGGUUUCGUGUGGGAAGAAAGUUUUUGAGUAAGGCGAAACACGGCGACGGUGUCAUAGUUGGUGUUAUCGAUAGUGGGGUGUGGCCAGAGUCAAGGAGCUUCGAUGACAAAGGAAUGGGACCAAUUCCAGAAUCUUGGAAAGGAAUUUGCCAAACCGGAGUUGCGUUCAACUCUUCCCACUGUAAUCGGUACUACUCAAGAGGGUACGAGAGAUAUUACGGACAGUUCAAUGCCGAAGCUAACAGAGACUUCUUGUCUCCACGAGACGCCGAUGGACAUGGUUCCCACACAGCUUCAACCGCCGUUGGCCGCAGAGUAAACGGCGUUUCUGCACUUGGCGGCAUUGCAAGGGGAACGGCUUCAGGCGGGGCCUCAUUGGCUCGUCUCGCCGUUUACAAAGCUUGUUGGACGGUUCCAAACGCGCAAAAAUACGUCACAAACACUUGUUUUGACGAAGAUAUGUUGGCUGCGUUUGACGACGCGAUUGCUGAUGGCGUCAAUGUUAUUAGUAUUUCGAUUGGAGCGGUUGAACCGCAUACGUAUUCGGAAGAUGGAAUCGCGAUCGGAUCGUUACAUGCGGUUAAGAGAGAUAUUGUGGUUGCGGCUAGCGCUGGAAACGAUGGACCGGAUGGGGCAACUCUGUCGAAUCCAGCUCCGUGGAUUAUUACCGUCGGAGCUAGUAGUCUUGAUCGGUAUUUCGUUGGUCGUCUUGAACUUGGUGAUGGCUUUCAAUUCGAGUCGGACUCAUUGACGACAUUAAAGAUGGACAACUUUGCUCCUCUAGUCAACUCUCUUGACGUAGCUGUUCCCGGCUGUACAAGGGAAGAAGCAUCGCAAUGUGUACCGAAUUCACUUUCACCGGAUCUUGCGAGAGGUAAAGUGAUAUUAUGUAUGAGAGGUUUCGGUUCAUCACGUUCAACAAUUGGUAAAAGUAUUGAGGUAAAACGAGCCGGAGGUGUCGGUAUGAUAUUAGCAAACUCUCGGGCAGGCGAUGGGUUCGACGUUGUGUCUCAUUUCGUACCGACUGCUUUGGUUUUCUCAUCUACGGUUGGUAGGAUUCUUGAUUACAUGUACAAUGAUUAUGAACCGGUGGCUUUCAUCAAACCAGCAGAAACAAUACUUUAUGGAUACCAACCGCAAGAUUCGGUUUACCCGUAUAAACCGGCUCCUUUUAUGACUAAUGCUAAUAUUCUUAAGGUAAAUAACUCUUUUGUUCUUCCGGAUAUCAUCGCGCCGGGACUGAAUAUACUGGCUGCAUGGAGCGGGGCAGAUUCCGCGAGCAAAGCUUCGAUAGACCGAAGAGUGAUAGAUUAUAAUCUUGACUCAGGAACAUCUAUGUCUUGUCCUCAUGUUGCUGGUGCAAUUGCCCUUCUCAAAAGCAUGCAUCCCACAUGGAGUAGUGCUGCUAUAAGAUCUGCCCUCAUGACCACUGCUUCGAUGACCAACGAGGACAACGAACCGAUUCAAGACUUUGAUGGUUCACCAGCGAGCCCAUUUGCGCUUGGGUCAGGACAUUUUAGACCAACAAAAGCACAAUCUCCCGGUUUAGUCUACGAUGCAUCAUACCGAUCUUACCUUCUCUAUUGCUGCUCGGUUGGUUUAACAAAUCUUGAUCCGACAUUCAGAUGUCCUAGCCAAAUCCCUCCCGGUUAUAACCUUAACUACCCGUCAGUCUCAAUUCCUGAUCUCAUUGGGACAGUAACCGUUACGAGGACGGUCACAUGUGUUGGACGGUCGAGUAACUCAACAAGCGUAUAUGUCUUCAAUGCUCAACCGCCCUUUGGCGUCAAUGUUAUGGCUGAACCAAAUGUUUUGGUCUUUGAUCGGAUUGGUCAGAAGAAAAGGUUUAACAUCAUUUUUAGGACAGAUAGAUAUGAGUUCACAGGUGAGGCUCGGAGGAAUCAAUAUCGGUUUGGAUGGUUUAGUUGGAGCGAUGGACACCAUGUCGUGAGAAGUCCAAUUGCAGUUUCAUUAGUUUGA